GUAAAAGCCGCGCAGGAUGGAACUCCAGACACCGAAUCCGCGGCUAUGGAGCGUCCUCACUUCCCGCUGGCGAUGGGCCUUGGCCUGCUCGCAUUCUGCCUCCUGACCCUGUCCCCGGACGCCCGCGCCGAGCUGCGGAGCCGCAGGACCGGAGAACGCCAGAACUUGUCACCCACUGACCCACGGGUGCAAAAGGCCGCACAGGCAGCUGUGGCCAGCUACAAUAUGGGCAGCGACAGCCUCUACUACUUCCGAGACACCAAAGUCAUCGAUGCAAAAUAUCAGCUGGUGGCUGGCAUCAAGUACUACCUGACUUUGGACAUAGAAAGCACAGAGUGCCGAAAGACCAGAGUCUCUGGAGAACACAUGGACCUCACCACCUGCCCUCUGGCUGCAGGGGGGCAGCAGGAGAAACUGCGUUGCAACUUUGAGCUCCUUGAAGUCCCCUGGAAGAACACCACUCAGCUUCUAAAGCAUGACUGCGUGCAGGUGUGACCGGCCCCGGGGUGACAGAGUCAGGGCCCCAUGGAAACAAGCAUGGUGGAGGUGCCUCAGGGCCACGGGCCACGUCUGUUGCAAUAAAUCUCCAGCUCUGCUUCUUGC